CCCUUUCCUUCCUUCCUUCCACUCUUCUCCUCCCCCUUCUUUCUGACCUUCCCAAAUCCAGCAUGCCAAGUCCUUAUCAUCUCCCACUCUGUGUCCCCACUGCCCCUCUUAAUAUAGUCCCAAGGACACGGCCGGAAGAUGUAAAGGAUACAUAAUUCAGCCGGAAACCCAAACUCCGCUUGAAUCGGUUGAUGAUAUGUCGUCAGCGGUGCAGCAGAUUCAGGUGGCAGAAGCGGCUGAGACUAUGGUCGGGUCAUCUGCUUCUUCUUCUUGGAAGAGACUACAAGCGGGUGCUAAGAACACUGCCGGUUCCAUCCCCAAGAAGAGCAAAAUAGAAAUGGAUGAGGAUUUGUUCACGGUACCGGAUGUGGAAGCUCGGCCAUCAGCAGCAGCCACUGCCACGACUAACUCCACCACAUUGCCACAGCAAAUGGGGCCUGAUGGGCAAGGGAAGCGCCGCCGUGGACGUAACCCAGUUGACAAGGAAUAUAAGCGCCUUAAGAGGUUGCUAAGGAACAGAGUGUCUGCCCAGCAAGCCCGGGAGAGGAAGAAGGUUUACAUGAACCACUUGGAGGCAAGGGCCGGGGAGCUGCAGGAGAACAACUCCAAGUUGGAGGAGAAGAUCUCUACUCUAAUCAACGAGAACACGAUGCUCCGAAAGAUCCUGAUGAACACGAGACCUAAGGCUGAUGAGAACACCGAACCAAAGCAAUGAAGAAUAAGAACUGUUCUAUGUUCUUCUAAGCAAUUUUAAGUUUGUGAGAUUGUUAGGAUUCUCUUGCAGUGGUGAAGUUUCAUGAGUGAGGCAUUUUAAAUGUGAGUGCAUUAUUAUUAUUUUCUUUUUAUUUCAAGGGAGACAUAUGGAUCUUGUACAAAAAAAAUAUAUAAAUUCUAAUAACUAAUAGGGGUAUGGAUGGUUCACCAUGGGAAUGGAACUUGAAAUCUUUAUAUUAUUAGGUGAGCACAUGAGCUAUGUAUUAUACCCUCUUUCUUGGA